AUGAAUAAUUUGAGAUCUGGCCGACGUGUUAUGGAUCAGUGUACUAAAAAUGCAGUAGAAUUUUUAAAAGAAAUAAAGGGUAGAUUAACUCAAGAUAAGUAUGAUAAGUUUGUGAAAGCGUUCAAGGAUUAUAGGGCACAAAGGAUUGAGGUUUUUGAUCUUAUGGAUAAAAUGAAGAAAAUAUUCGAAGGUCAAAGAGAUUUGAUAUUGAGAUUAAACAACUUUAUGCCAAUUGGAUAUGAAGUCGAACUUCCAUUGGAAGAUGAACAAUCUCUGCCAAAGAAGCAUGUCAAAUUGGAAGAUGCUACACGUUUUUUGAAUAAGAUAAAGGCUCAGUUCCAUGGAGUUGAUUAUCACACUUACACGUCAUUUAUGAAGAUAUUAAUCAUGUACUAUAAGAAAAAUAAGUCUUUCGCUAUGGUCUGCAAAGAGGUUACUACACUUUUGCAAGGCCAUCCUGACCUUCUUGAUGAGUUUUAUCAUUUUCUUCCAAAGGCUAUUUCUGGUCAUUAUGUUGCUGCUAGGAAUGUUGUGCGUCGAGAUAUAUAG